UACAAAAGCCAGAUAGUUAGUGGCAGACCAGAUUACGUUCUGGUGAAGACCCAGAAGUCAUUCACUUUCUGCCUUAUUUUCUUUUCCGUCCGAGGAUUCGGUAUCCAUGAUGACUUGCUGAUUUUUUGUGUUAAAGUGAGCGUAUUGGGCGUUGUAGGAUAUUCCUUUUCCCUUUUGAGAAAAUCCAAUGGGAAACUGCAUGGGUUCUUCAGCUAAAGUGGAUACAGCCACCUCUGGAUCGGGAGUCUCAAGAAAUUACAGCAAAACCAGUCAUUCUUCAACUCUUUCCAGCCUGACACAUUUCAGUGAAAAGAGCAAUGCUUCAAGUCUUCCUACUCCUAGGUCUGAAGGUGAAAUAUUAUCCUCUUCAAAUGUGAAACCCUUCACAUUCAAUGAGUUAAAGAAUGCCACCAGAAAUUUCCGUCCUGACAGUCUUCUUGGUGAGGGAGGGUUUGGUUAUGUUUUCAAAGGAUGGAUUGAUGAACACACACUUUCAGCUGCAAAGCCUGGAUCCGGACUUGUUGUUGCUGUCAAAAAGCUUAAAUUUGAUGGUUUCCAAGGCCACAAGGAGUGGUUGACUGAAGUUAAUUAUCUUGGCCAACUUCAUCAUCAAAAUCUGGUUAAGCUGAUUGGGUACUGUCUGGAGGGUGAGAACCGACUUUUGGUCUACGAGUUCAUGCCGAAAGGGAGCUUAGAGAAUCAUCUGUUUAGAAGAGGGCCACAACCACUUUCUUGGGCAAUAAGGGUCAAAGUGGCAAUAGGUGCUGCCCGAGGGCUCUGUUUUCUUCAUGAUGCCAAAUCACAAGUGAUAUAUCGUGAUUUCAAGGCUUCUAAUAUCCUAUUAGAUGCGGAGUUCAAUGCUAAGCUUUCUGAUUUUGGUUUGGCUAAGGAGGGUCCUACUGGUGAUAGGACUCAUGUAUCUACUCGAGUCAUGGGUACCCAUGGCUAUGCUGCACCAGAAUAUGUUGCAACAGGUCGGCUAACAGCAAAAAGCGAUGUCUACAGCUUUGGGGUUGUUUUGCUGGAAUUACUAUCCGGACGUCGUGCUGUUGAUAAUACAAAAGUUGGUAUUGACCAGAAUUUAGUAGACUGGGCAAAACCAUAUUUGUGUGAUAAGCGGAAAUUGUUCCGCAUAAUGGACACCAAGUUGGAAGGCCAGUACCCCAAGAAAGGAGCCUAUAUGGCUGCCACCCUAGCGUCACAGUGCCUAAGGAGUGAGGCUAAAGUGAGGCCUCGUAUGGCAGAGGUAUUAGCAACACUGGAAGAGCUUGAAGCCCCCAAAAAUGCAGGCAGACCCUCCCAAUCAGAGCAGCCUACUGUAGCGCCUUUGCGAAAAUUCCCAAUCCGUCAACAUUAUACAGCUCUACGAAAUCUUACACCAAAUGCGUCUUCAUUGCCAUCUCACCAGCAAUCUUCUCGAGUACAUUAAUCAAAGAACAUUUUAUCUGUAAAUCUCUCAUUUGUUUCCAUAUUAUGUUAGUUUUAUAGAACGUAAUAUGGGCAUGUGUCUUGAUAAAAUUUUGGUACCGAAGCAAUAUAACUUUUUUUUAUUGUGCUUGUUUAA